AUGCUGUCGGACUCUGUCAUUCCCGGAGAAAAGCCAAACUACCCGUACCCGACUCUGAUCAGGGCGGCUAUCCUUGGCAGUCCGCGCAGGGCUCUGACGCUGCAGGGCAUCUACAGCGCACUCGAGGAUAGGUUCGAAUGGUUUAGGACCCAUAGGAACGAUAAGGCCUGGCAGAACUCAAUCCGCCACAACCUCUCUCUCAACAAACUCUUCCGCAGGGUGGCUAAACCUAUUACUGAACCAGGCAAGGGUAGCUACUGGACUGUCGACUUCGCUGCUGGCGAGGGUAACAAACGCGAGCGCAAGAGGACCAAGCACUCCGGUAGGGAACAACACAAACCCGAAGGCGACGCCCCCUCCACCUCGCAG